AUGUCUAGAUCUGGUGUCACCGUUGCAGAUGAAUCCUUAAGUGCUUUCAAUGAUUUGAAAUUAGGUAAGAAGCAUAAGUUUAUUAUCUAUACCUUAAACGAUAAGAAGACCGACAUUGUCGUUGAAAAGACCUCCAAUGAAGCAGAUUACGAUACCUUUUUGGAAGAAUUCCCAGAAAAUGAAUGUAAGUAUGCUAUUUACGAUUUCGAGUACGAACUCGGUGGAGGUGAAGGUAAGAGAUCUAAGAUUGUUUUCUUUACCUGGUCUCCCGACACUGCUCCAAUCCGUUCUAAGAUGGUGUACGCUUCAUCCAAGGAUGCUUUAAGAAGAGCCUUGAACGGUGUUGCUACUGAUAUCCAAGGUACUGAUUUCUCUGAAGUUGCUUAUGAAGUUGUUUUGGAUAAAGUUAACAGAAAAGUCUAA